AUGGCUGUCCACGGCCAGAAAGAUGAGAAAAGUGCAAUAAUUUGCGACGAGAUGAGUUCUGAUACAAUUGCAACCGUCAAUGAGAAAGCCACUCGGGGUGGCAGAGACGCGCAUGGUGUUGGACACAUUUAUGCCAGCUACACUUACGGUUCCGGCAUGUCCAAGUUGAAGCGAUUAUCUACAACCGCACAUUCACAACACUCAGAGAUCGAUUCCUCAUCUACAAGCUCAACGUACAACGGUCAGAGUCUCAAAUUGAGCGCUAGAAUUAAAAGGAUUGACGAAAUACCUUAUCUUGUGCCUGGCGAGGAUGGCCAGAUCCUGCUAUGUCUCGUCACUGGUGAUGGAAAUGGCUCCAACUGGAAGCUACUAGGCAGAUUAGCAGAGACUGGGUUGAUUUCACUCAAGUUAAUCGAAAUACUGAAGCAACACACUGUUCAAAUAACACGCUUUGGACUGCGGUGCGACGACACUACUGUUUCAGUUGAUUGUGCUAACUUCGUCAAGUGUAUUCUGAUAACAGCAAGGAAUCAAAUCGCCCACCGUGAUACGGCAUAUCUCUUGCGAUACAUGUUUCUUGAAAACAGGCCGGAAAUAAAGGACAUUCUCGUGGAUAUGAGCUUUCAGGUCCUACGAGUAUUGGCCAAACCUGUCCUGGCUCACGUUUUCGACAUACUCCUUGGUCCGUGCAGUACAGAAGAAGACAGAGAUGCGAUAAUUGGUUCGAUUUGUCGCUUCCAUUCAAGCAAACCAGAUUACUUUACUGAAGAGUUGCUUCUGGAAUAUGUUGUGGCGUUUAUCAGUGUCCCUAUCUGA